CUGUUGGUCACGCUUAAAUUCACUCUCUCGAAUUGCACAAUUUUAGUAACCGCACAAGUCAGAAGAGCAGUACUUGGUGUCUUAAGGUGUCUUCUUCUUCCAUGUGAUGUACUAAUCUCACUCUGGAGCAUACUCGUACAUUUGUUAUAUACAAGGUGAUCGUGAGAGUGCAGUUAAAAGAAUAAAACAUUUAAUAUUUAUAAUAUGUAUGCCUCAUUCUCAUACUUUCGUGUCUUCUCAUUGGAUUCGUGCUCAUUUUAAUACGUCAUUAUCGCUGUCACCAAAUACUGCACGUGCCCGGUUUCUAUGCAUGUUGAUCGAGCUUUUACAACUGUUGUGUAUUUUGCCGUGGAAAAUGCGAUUUAAACAGCCGAACCCUACCAGUCAGGAAAGCUCAAUGUUUGAAUUGGAAGCCGGCCAGUCCUUCCCUGAAUGACUCUGGGGUCUGUAGAACUGUGAGGUGCUUUGGUAGCUGGUUCCACAAUCGAGCUCCAGAGAUAAAGAAAGAGUGGCGGUAGGUGUCUGUUCUGCAGUAGGGAAUCCAGUAACGGACCACUGCACCAUCCAUGUCUUCGAGACCACGUCCUCUUGUAGAUGUGAUGGAUCGCCGGAGAGGAUCGGUGGCUGGAAUGUCGAGAAGACCAUAUGUGAUCCGAUACAUCAUCAGGAGUUUAGAGUGCUGGCGACGGAGUUCUAGGAUGUCCGCAGUUGCUGCAUCAGUUUUUGUUUUGAUAUUUAACCUAAUAUCAAGUGGCUUUGCUGAUAAACAAUUGAAUCAGUGUGACAAUUUAAAACUUAAAAUGAACAAGACUAUGCAUGGAGAUUUAACAGCAAUAAAAUGUUAUUUUUAUAAUGAGACUGGAAUGUUAAAUUUCUUUCAAAUAAGUGUCAGCAACAAACCGACUCCUAUUGGUUCAGUUAUCAAAAAUAAGCCUUAUCUUGAGCAGAACAAUGUCUUUUAUGAACUAAUUCUUCUUAAUGAGUCUGUGGGGUUAGGAGCAAUAUUGGCAUCACCGUACAGACAUUUAAAAGGAGAGUUUAUGUGUGAAUUGAAAGUUGGUGACUGCGUGAAGACAGAGUAUGUUGUUAUUAAAGACCUGGCUGAUGGUGACCGUGGUUGCACAGAUCCUGAGAUCCAAUGUGAUACUGAUGGUGCAGUUUGCUCUUCUAACAUGUGUGUUUGUCCAGACUGCAAGAAAGGCCCUGACAAUCAAGAAAGUGGCGAUCCAUGGCAAGGCUUUGGGAUAGGCAUUGUGGUCAUCCUUGUGGUCAUAGUGGCCGUAGGAUUGUUCAACAUCUGCAAAAUGAAGAAGCAGAUAAAGGCACUUGAGAAGGCAGCAAAAGACCAUGCAAGGAUUGUGACUUCAACGAAUCUGACUCAAGGGCCUAGGGCGGCUAUCCAAGAGUCAAGCUCUGGUCUUGGGACAAUGACUACCUUGCAGAACACAAAGAAAGAUGAUGUUGUUCUAGAGCUUGAUGCAAGUAAAGAGACUGACAUGGCAGAUGAGUCAUUUUGCCUCAUGGCAUCAAACACAGAUGCUGUGUCAUUAAAAACAGGGGGGGAACCAGAUUUGGCUGUGUGACGUGAAGGAGUAUAUGAGGAGCAGGAAGAUCUGGAGCUGUAGACAAAACCGAGCCAUAUCACAUACAUAAGGAAAUUAAGCAACACUUUGACUCAAGGCAACUUUCACCAUUUUGUACAAUUGUGUUUGCUUCUUGUAUUGAUACCUUUGUCUCAGCUUUAAAUGUAUUUUUUUAUGCUCAAUACCUCAUUUAAAUUGUGUGUGUUCAUCUCAUCAGUUUUCUUGGGUAGAGUUUGGGUAUUAUGCAAUGAAAUGUGACUUGGUACAUAAUUAUUGUUGUCAAUUUUGUUUGUCAUGUUAUGAUUAUGUGCUUGGAAAAUCAUGAUAACAAUUGCGUUUGUAUAACAUUACAUGUAUUGUUGUCAAAUUUGUGUUUCAUGUACAUGAUUAUUGUCAUUUUCUUGUAUCAUACUUUUACCAUACUUUGUAUGUAAUUUUAGUAAGAAAUAUGCAUAACAUAAUGAUAUGUAUUAGUCUAGUGUUGUGUGUGCCUUAAAGAAAUGUCUUCCAACUGUGCCAGCAUAACAAAGUUAUCAUACUUAAAAAGAAAUGAACGCGCUUUAUUUGCACAAUUCAGAACCGGAAUUCUGCCACUUAGGGUUGAGACCGGAAGGUAUGUGGGCGAAGCCCCCGAGCAAAGACGGUGUAGGUUGUAUCAUAGUGGACUGGUCGAAGAUGAAACUUAUUUUCUUGUUGAAUGUGCUCUUUAUGAAAACACAAGAUCAGUUAUAUUUGGGAAUAUUUUGACCUAUGAAGAAUAUACUACAUGUCAAUCAAAUAAAGAUAAAUUAAUUGUGUUGGUUAAAGUGUGCGAAAUUUGUUGUUAAUGCAUUUUAUAUCAGAAGCAGUAUGUUAUAUUUGUAAAAAUAUCUGUUGUAUGCAGUUGUGUCAUUUUAAACUUUAAAUUAAUAUAAUAUUGUAAAUGAACUUUUAAGUAUCAUCUACGUAUUACAUAUUUUUCAGAAAUAUGCCUUCUUAAUUGGAUAAUUUUAGUACUACUGAAAUUAUUCUUAUAUUGAUCUAACUUGGAUAAACCUGAAUUCAUUAUUUCUAAUUUAUUCAUUGAACUCAGCAUGUUGCUCAAAUAUUUUAUUGUCCAUUUGUAUAAUAAUGAUCACGUUAUAUGUUACACUACCGUUAAGGUGACUUUAAGGCCUUUUAGGCCGGGUGUUCUUUUAUGCAUUGUAUAUAUGUCUGUCAACACCUUGUACGUAAACACAUGUAACUAUAAUAAAAGAUUAUCUUAUCUUA